AUUAUUUAGCUGGUCCCAAUCAUAAAGGAAGUAGAAGGACUUUGAAAAAGAAAGUUGACAAGUUGUAUUCUGUGAACUUGUUCCAAUUCUUAGUAUGGUGUCCAUAUUUAUGCGUAAAUUGCUCUUUUGUAAGUGAAAUGAUAUUAUUGAAAACAUUUUAAUGUUUUGACGUAGUUUUUGAAUAGGACUCAGAAAUAUAAUUAUAAUAAUGGCAACCUCGGACGAGUUUGUUAUUGACAGAACCCUUGGUGAAGGAGCUUUCGGAAAAGUCUAUCUGGUUACUGGAUCAGACGACAAGAAAAAGUAUGCUAUGAAAGUUAUCGACCUAAAGAAAGCGCCAGAUGAAGAACGUGAAUUAGCCCUGCGAGAGGCUAGUCUUUUGAAGACUUUGGACCACGAUAACGUCCUCAAGUAUACGGAUUCUUUCGAAGCCAAUGGCGCCCUGUGUAUCGUCACGGAGUUCUGCGCCCACGGUGACCUCUCUGAAUUUUUGGAUCGACGGAACUCGACGAAGACGAAGUUGGAGGAAGACCAACUCACGGAGUGGUUUCGGCAGCUGGCAAGCGCUUUAGACUAUUUACACGGGAAGAAGAUAAUCCAUCGAGAUGUGAAGACCCCAAACGUAUUUCUUACAGACAAGUGGACAACAAAACUAGGGGAUAUGGGUCUCGCCAAAGUUCUUGAAAAACCUAGUCAGAAGGCGGUGACAUUUUGUGGCAGCCCUUAUUACAUGAGCCCGGAAAUAUUCUCCUGCAAGCCGUAUGGUGAUAAGAGCGACAUCUGGGCUCUAGGUGUGAUUGUGUAUGAGAUGGCGACGCUCGAGAGGCCUUUCGACGCAACGUUGAUGCAUCAGCUGGUCUUCAAGAUCGUCCACGGCGGGCUUCCGGAAAUGCCAAAGGGCUACCGACAGGAACUGACGGACAUUCUCGCCAUUAUGCUUCAAAAAGACCCGGAUAUGCGUCCCAGCGCGGCGGUGUUGCUCGGCCACAAUUUCUUUAAAGGAAUGAAGGCACCAGCUUUGCCUCCCAGGCCCAAUGCAGCUGGAGCCUCCGGGUUGAUCAAGUCAAGGUAUAACAUCCAGCGACCAGACCCAGCACGCGGCCCUAAAGAGGACAUUCGCGCCUAUAAAGACCACGAUUUGAGCUCUUUGCUAGACACGCUGUCGCAGAUUCGUCAAAAAGAAAAGGCGGAUGCCAAAGGCGGCGCAGCGAAACCAAGAAAUUUGGGACUGACGUCGAUCCUCAUUCGGACCUCCAGGCCAGCUCCGCAAGCAGAUCCGGAAAGAAAACAGAAGUACAAGAAGACUGUUGCCAUUAAAUCUCCUACUAAGCCGGAUUUCGACAUAACAAUGAAGCCAGAUGGGAAAAACGAGGACGAGAUGGCAUCUGCAGAGGUGUCCAUUUCCGGUAUAAAACUGGAGGACAAACAGGAGGAAAAACUGGAGGGAACAAUGAGGGUGCACGCUGGCACGAAGCUCAACGCCAACAAGACUGCCACAGAGGCGAUCAGCGUCAUGCAGAUGAUCGUCCGUACCAUGACAGGCGUGUUUCCGCGAAACAUAGACGAUGACGCGUUAUCCAGUACUUCCAAGGACCCUCAGGCAGUCAUGUUGCGGCAGAUCGAACACUUACAAUAUUAUUGCACGAGGAUUCUGAACAACGACAUGGAACUGUUCCAGGAAGUGUACACACUAAUUGGAAUGGAGAAAGACGAACACAAACUUGAGGAACAACUAAUAAGCAUAUUGGGCCACGAAAAAUUUGGACUGUGCGGCGUACACUUGAUGUUUUUGAAGAACUUUGAAUACAAUAUUAGCAAACUGCAAGAAAAACGCAUUUGAAGUGGGUUUUUUCAAAUCGUAUAAUAAGCAUAGUUUAUUAUUUUAUAAUUCUUACCUAUAUUCCGUUUAAAACUGCUAUUUCCCUUCUUCCCUGCACAUAUAUAGAUCAGGAUCGGCAUUAUUCCAUUGUUGUUGAUUGUUGAAGUGUAAAUAUGGUAUAUGACUAUAGGUUAGUGUUGUUGAAUAUAUCGUUAUUAAAUAAACAAUACUUUUGCUUGUUUGUGUUGACGACCUCUAUCUAUUUGUUGCUUUAGAUGUGCUUUUCAAAGAAUAUUCGCCUGUAAAGAGAAGAUGAAUUGUGUUAGGAUACAAAUAAUUACAGUAUCUUGAGGUACUGUAUAUGUACGAAUGUCUUUAGGAUCGUGUAUCAACGCAGCAGUGUCUAUAGAGAUUUGUAUUUAUUUCUUGUUUCCAUUAAUAUGCUGUACAAUUAUCUCGAGACGGACGUCGAUUCAUAUUGUUUAACUGCUUGUAUUGUCAGAAGUUUAUUAUCUCGAAACAAACGAAAUGUAAUGCUGCUAAAAAUCUAAGUUAUAUUCAACAAUAUCUGAAAAAAAAUGUUUGCAGACUAAUCUCCUCUUAUUUUUGUACAGUGCCCCAUAUUAAUUGGAGGAUUCCACUAUCUUUAUUACUAUUUAUUUAUAUUUAAGACAUUUAUAAUAUAAAUUAUAACGUUUUCUUAUGAAAGAACAAUUAAAUAUUUAGUUAUGUAUAAUUUUAUAUUGUUAAACCAAUUAUGACAUUUUGUUUUCAAAGAUUGUUAGUAAUGUGGGUGCUAUAUGUAUUCACAAUUCAUUUUCUAUCGAUUUGCAAAAUAUAUCUGUGAUUAAUUCAUAUGUAUUGUUUAACUGAUUUUUAUAUCACAUUUAUUUUCGUUCAUGUUAUGCAAGCGACGUGUGAAUAUUCAUUAAAAAGCAAUUAAAUGCAAAACUGCCAAUAAA